UGUUGUCAACUAGUUAUAAUAUUAUCGUUAAUGAAACCAUUGGAAAAGAUGUUGGUUUCUUUGUUAACGUUGUGUGUUGUGGUAUUAGCGAUACGUAUUGACGCGGCAAGGAUAUUAACAGUGAUUCCUAGUCCCUCAAUUAGUCAUCAAGUUGUCUUCCGUCCAUUGACCCUGGAGCUGGUCAAACGUGGACAUGAAGUGGUCGUUAUCACAACAGAUCCUAUGUUCCCCAAAGGAAAAGCUCCAGCAAAUCUCACAGAGAUAGACGUUCGCAAUGUAUCAUACUCGAUUAUUCGAGACAGUCUUCUAAAAACGAUGUCCCAAAUGAGUCCAAAUGACGUCGUUGGUCAAACAGAACAAGGCAUGCGUACGAUCAAUACAGUGUUUGAACAGCAAUUGCAGACAAGUGAAGUGAAGGAAAUUAUACGCGGUAAACAACAUUUUGACUUGAUUUUUGUUGAAGCGUUCGUGCGACAAGCUUUAGCGUUUUCUCAUGUUUACAAAGCACCAGUAAUUUUACUUAGUUCAUUUGGUGCUAUGCCUGGUACAUAUGAGGCUCUUGGGGUACCAACACAUCCACUGCUUUAUCCUACGCCAUUCCAUCGCAGAUUGCAUAAUUUGACAUUCUGGGAGAAAAUCAACGAGUUAUACACGCAUUUUAGAUUACUAAGACUAAUGAAGGCAAAUGAAGAAAAAGAACACGAAAUGCUAAGGAAAUAUUUUGGAGAAGAUUUACCUUCAAUAAACGAAUUGCUGAAUAAUGUGGAUAUGUAUUUUGUGAAUGUACAUCCUAUAUUUGAAGGCAAUUUCCCCGUACCACCAAGCGUGGUUCACAUUGGAGGUAUACAUCAGAAACCACAAACAGAAUUACCAGAGGAUCUAAAAUCUUACCUGGAUUCAUCUAAGCACGGAGUCAUCUACAUCAGCUUCGGUUCAAACGUCGACCCAGCAAAUCUACCUCCAGAAACGAUACAGAUGUUCAUCAGAGUGCUCUCUAAACUUCCCUACGACGUUCUGUGGAAGUGGAAUACGGAUGAACUGCCUGGAAGGACUCCUAACAUCAGAAUUAGCAAAUGGUUCCCACAAUCUGAUUUACUCAGACACCCAAAAAUCAAACUCUUUAUCACACAAGGGGGUCUACAAUCAACUGAUGAGGCUAUAACAGCUGGUGUACCGCUGGUCGGUAUGCCAGUGUUUGGAGAUCAGCCGUAUAAUACUGAGAAAUAUGUCCUCUUGAAAAUUGGUGUAAAAUUACAUGUAGAAUCUGUUACCGAAGAUGAGUUCCGAAAUGCUAUUAACACUGUCAUUGGCGAUAAAAGCUACAAAAAGAACAUCCAGAAUUUUAAUUCUUUGAUGCGUGACGAGCCACAGCAGCCGCUGGAGCGAGCAGUCUGGUGGACAGAGUACGUGCUACGUCACUCUGGUGCCAAACACCUUCGAGCACCCGCUGCCAACAUAUCCUGGGCUGAAUACCUUCUGCUUGAUUUCUUCUCAACUCUACUCUUGGGUCUUUGUGUCUUAGUGUCUAUAGUGAUUAUAACUCUAUACCAAUUGUAUAGCUUUUAUACGAACUCUAGUGUUAAGUUAAAAACAAAGUAAAUAAUUAUGUUUUUUUUUUUAAUUAGGAUUAUGUGUGACUUUUUGUGUAAACUCUUUCACCCCGUGAGGGUUGAAAUUCUAAUAACCUCUCUUCUUGUGUUCUUGCCAACAUUAUCAAAAAGAAGCUUUGUAUUUUUUUAACUAUUUGUUCUGAGUGCUUUAAAGUUGACUUAGUUCUAUAAUGGAUGUACUCAUAUUGGUGUGUCUUCAAAUUAGUCGCGACUGUUACCUGGGACGACUAGGGCUGCAGCCACGUGGCGUUUAUAACUUUUUCAUUGCAGCAAUGCAAUUGCUUUGAAGGCGUCCUUACUUCUUUAUCUGUGAUAAUUAUUACCUACGUAAGUCGUGUUUAUGUUUACUUAGUUAAAAAGAGAGAAUAAACUGUUGAUUCUUGUAAAA